CACCGGCUAGUACGGUUUCCAUUUAUUUAUCUUCUUCUCUUUCUCUCUCUCAUUCCAAAACGGUCAACCACGCCGGAGAAUCGAGCUCGGCCACCGCUCUCCGAUGAAGGAUUCAUAGGAACGAUGGCGGAGCAGAGCAGCGCCGCCAUGAACGACCGCGAACCAGAGCUCAAACAGAACGAACACCAAAACAGCAACAGCAACAACAAAAUCGAAACCAACAACGCCGACGGCGGCAACAAGAAGAAGAGCAGCUCAGAUCCAGACUUGUUCUGCUGCUUGUUGCAACCCGCAACCGCCGAAGGCGAUCCCGAAUACAUCGGCAUCCGCCGCCUCCUCCUUCACCGGAAGGCCAAGGCCGGACUUCUCAGCCGCAGAGAUUGGAGAUGCAAUGGAAAAACUUAUGUGGCAUACAGGAAUUAUAUAUCUAGGCCCAAGAACUGGGAAAGUUCACGUGUCCCAAGUCUGCAGAGUACUCCAGGAAACAGUGGUCGAUGGAUGUCAUCUCCAAAUCCCUUCUCCCGCUGGUCUGAGGCAGACAGCUGGACUUCUAGUCGGGAUGUGCAAACUCCAAAUCCAGCAUCCAAUAAUAGAGCAAGUUUUGGUUCAAGUGUAAGUGAUUCUGAUCGUCCACGGCAUCGGGGGGUUGAGCCUGGCUAUUCUUUUAUUGGCAUGCAUUGCAUCUUUGAUCAGUGCAAAGCCGCUGUUACUGUGAUAAAGUUUGGACACAUGAGUUCUGAUCUACUAGCUUAUGGAGCAUCAGAUGGAACCUUGACUGUUUGCAGUGUUUCUGAGACACCUACGGUCAUCAAACAGUUAAAUGGGCACUCUAAAGAUGUUACAGAUUUUGAUUUUACAUCAAACAACCAGUAUGUUGCAUCAUCUUCAUUGGAUAAAACUGUGAGAGUAUGGGAGAUAGGAAAAGGCAUUUGCAUACGGGUGAUAUAUGGAGUUUCUUCGCAAUUGUGCAUCCGUUUUCACCCUGUAAAUAACAAUUUCCUAUCAGUUGGCAAUUCACACAGGGAAAUCAAUGUGUUCAAUUUUAGCACUGGAAGGAUAAUUAAUUCAUCAGUAUUUGACAGUGAAGUUACCGCCAUGGACAUUAAUCAUACAGGAAACCUCAUAUUUUGUGGGGAUGCACAGGGAUGUAUAUACUCAGUAAAUAUGAACUCCCACACAGGUGUGUUAUCCCGCGCUCAUCGUUACCGAAGUAGCAGCAGACACAAAUCUCCUGUAACAACAGUGCAGUAUCGGAGUUUUUCUUUACUGGCUGGAGGACCCGUAUUGUUGACCUGUACUCAGGACGGAAACCUGUCUUUCUUCAGUGUGGCUUUGGAGACACAAGGUUAUUUAACUAUACGAUGCUCACUCAAGUUAGCCCCACGUACACACAAAAUUCAAGCUUCUUUCUGCCCCCUUCUUUCCUUAGAAAAAGGGGAGUUCAUAGUUGCUGGAAGUGAAGACUCAAAUGUCUACUUCUAUGAUUUAACUCGGCCAAAGCAUACUUGUGUAAACAAGCUGCAGGGUCAUCGGUUUCCUGUCCUCGGAAUUGCUUGGAACCACGGAGAAAACUUUUUGGCUACAUCUGAUUUUUAUGGCAUAGUAAUUGUUUGGAAGAGAGCAAAGCUUUGCGAAGAUAAUGUAUUAGUGAAACAAGAUUUGGGAUUUUGUAUUGUAAACAUUGCAUCGACGUUGUGCCCCAUGUAA